AUGUCGAAGCCGUUUUUGCCUUCCCCGCCGUCUUGCGUAGCAAGGGCUGCGAGAGCUGCAGGACGCCUGAAUAGCCCACAAGGCCGAGGAGAUCUAAAGGGAUGCCAACUGCAAAGAAACAAGGAACUUCUUCGAUGCGAUCAAAGAGAUCUACGCCCUCCCCUCUCCCCAACGAAAGAAACUCCAUCGCUCCUCAGCUCUGAUGAAUCAAUGCUCCUGACGGAGAAGUCGCAGAUUCUGAAGCGCUGGGCCGAGGACAUCAAAAACGUCCUCAGCCGUCCCUCCACAAUCUCCGAAGCCAACAUCGACCAGCACCCCCAAGCGGUAAUCAACGUCGACCUAAAUCUUCCGCGCUCAGAAACCAUCAGCGCUGUCCAACAACUCUCCAGCGAGAAAGCACCAGGCCCCGGUGUGAUCCCAACGGAAAUCUACAGACACGGCGAUGACCGCCUGAUGGACCGACUCGCGACGCUAUUUGAGGAGAUUUGGCGCUGGGAACAAGUUUCUCAGGAUUUUAUGGACACAUCCAUCGUUUGCCUCCAGAAGCGAAAAGGGAGCGGGCAACUGCGUGAUACUCACAGAAAGAUCUUGCUACUCAACAUCGCCGGGAGGAUUUUCGUCCGCAUUCUCCUCGGUUGCCUCAACGGUCACCUAGAUCAAGGACUUCUGCCGGAAAACCAAUGUUGCUUCCGACGACACCGGGACACCGCCAACAUGGUCCUUGCCGCUCGCAAGCUACAGAACAAGUGCCAGGAGAUGCGAAUCUACCUUUACACUACUUUCAUUGUCUUUACAAGAGCCUUCAACACAGUGAGUUGUGACAGACUGUGGAAAAUCAUGCAGAACUUCGGUUGUCCUAAACGAUCCACGCACAUGGUGCGUCAGCUCCGUGACAUGAUGAUAGCGCGCGCCACGAACAACGGCGCAAUCUCCAAGGCAUUCACAGUGACCAAUGGAGUUAAGCAGGGCUGCGUUCUCUUUCCCACCCUCUUCAGCUUCACGUUCUCUGCCAUAAUGAUGGGCACCCACCGUAAAGAGUGGCCUGAGAUACGCAUCGCCUACAGAACCGACGGACAUCUCAACUGCAGGCGUAUGCAGGCCCACGCGCAACUGUCUACGGCUACCGUCCACGACGUGCACUUCGCCGACGACUACGCGCUCAGCACUACGGCCGAAGAAAACAUACAAUGGAACAUGGACCUCCUCGCCGCCGCCGGGUGCACAACUUUGGCCAGACUACCAACUCGGUGGUCAUACACCAACCAUCACCUAGCACGCAACACAGCACUGUCCCCCGAAUCAGUGUCAACGGCAACAAACUCAAAAAGCGUUGGCAAGUUCGCUUAG